AAAUGACUUCUCAGAUCUACAGCCAGAAGAAGUUCGUGCCCACGCCGCCCGAGAAGGGUUCCUUUCCUCUGGACCACGAGGGUCUCUGCAAGAAACAAUUCCUGCUCUACGCCAGUUGUCUCCGCAAGAACGCCCAGGAUACGAGCCAGUGCCGCCAGGACGCCCGGAAUUAUCUGGCCUGCCGCAUGGACAACAAUCUUAUGGAGAAAACCGAGUGGUCCAAAUUGGGCUUUCACGACCAGAGCACCAAGAGCGAUAAAAAAGCUCCGGAGGUCCAGAAGCAGUAGCCGGCA